GCGCAGGCGCCGCCGCCGCCGCCGCCGCAAAGGCCGUCGCUUGAGCAGGAGAUCAAGGCCGUCCUGUCCCGCGGCCCCGGCGUCCACGUCGUCCCCACCUUCGCCGUGAUCAUGACUACAUGGAUGGAGCACUGGAAAGACUUUGCUUCCUCAUUCUGCUUGAUGUGCAACAAUUCUCCUGAAAGAGUGCUCAUCUGUGUCAGCUAAAAGAUUUAUUUAUUUGUUUUUCUUUUUUGCCUUUUUGGGGCCAGUAAUGGUAGCAAAAUGAUAACACUAUCUGUUAAGCUGGGAUUUGCCUCUAUUAAGUUUUACUUUUCAUCUUCAAACACUUGCAGUUGGGCCUACAUAUAUAUUGCAUGGUCCAUAUCUAUUCUGGAUGCUAUCCACAAUUCCACAAUAGAAGUACAAUGUCAAUGCAAGUUCUUCCUCACCCACCAUUUCCUAUGACCUUCUUUCCAUUUUAUAAACCUGGAACAACCAAUAGGCAUGCCAAGUUCAUGGGAAUAGUUAUUGUCAUAAUUUAAAGCAGAAGCUGUUCUGUUGGUGCCAUGUGAAUUGAGCAGUAUUGUUACUUGCAGUGUAUGAUCCAAUUGGAGGCUUUGAGCUUGCCAUCAAUGUUGAACUAUGAUCAUUAUAUGGUGUCUGAAACUUUUGGGAGCUAAUGCAUAAUUUUUAGCUUUAAAAUGCUGCUGAUGCACUUGCAUGCUGGGGCUACAUAAAAUUGCACAUGCAUACUGUACUGUAUUUCUGUAUUAUUGUUUGUCUUCUUUACUUGUUGCUAUUUUCUAAGGAUGGUUUUCAUGGAAGGAAAUUCACCCCAUUGAGAAGCAAAUGUUGGCUACAUUUUUUGAUGGGAAAUCUGAGAGAAGGACACCCGAGAUAUACUUGGGAAUUAGAAAUUUAAUCAUGAGAAAAUUUCAUUUUAAUCCUGAAGUGCAUCUGGAGUGCAAAGAUUUGUCUGAGUUGUCAAUUGGGGAGAUGGAUGCUCGUCUGGAAAUCUUGGAGUUCUUGGCUCACUGGGGCUUGGUUAAUUUCCAUCCUUGUCCACCAGCUGUGCAGGACUGCAAGCUAGUUGAGAGCAAAAGUAGUGCUGAUACAACAGAGGAAAUUUCUCUGAUUGAGAAGCUAUUUCAGUUUGAAACAGUUCAUUCAUAUCUGGUACCUGUUUCGAAGAAAGCUGAAAUCAUAUCCCCAGUUCAGUUUACUAGCUUCCUUUCUCAGCCUAAACUAGCUGAAGAUGCAAUAACUGCAGCUGAGUCUUCUGUUGAGUAUCAUUGCAACUCCUGCUCAGUUGAUUGUUCGAGAAAGCGCUAUCAUUGUAGGACUCAGGUAGACUUCGAUUUGUGUUCUGAGUGCUACAAUGAAGGAAAGUUUGAUGAAGGCAUGUCAAAAGCUGAUUUCAUCCUUAUGGAAUACGCAGAGGUUCCAGGCUCUGGUGGUUCUAACUGGACUGACCAGGAGACAUUGCUUCUUUUGGAAGCUUUGCAAAUUUUUCAAGGAAAAGAAUGGGAUGAGAUUGCUGAGCAUGUUGCUACAAAAACAAAAGAACAGUGCAUGCUAUACUUCCUCCAAAUGCCAAUUUUCAAUUCCUUUCUAGAUGGUGAAGAUUUCAAUGAAACACCUCAGAAGAUCACAGAACAGGAUUCAGCAGAAACUGGCACUUUGGGUGUACCUGAGGAAAUGGAUGUAGGUGACAAUGCAAAAGGAAAAGAGAGCACCGAUGAAAAAACUUACAAGAAAGCAAAUGCUAAUUCUUCAGAAACAGGAACAAAAUUAGCUGACCAAAGUGUUUCUGCUAAAGAGAAUACCAUGAAUUUAGGUGAUAAUGAUCUUGUUCCAUCUUCCAUAGUUGAUGAAUCAAACAAAUCUUCAUUGAUGGAUCCUGCAAAUAAGAAAAAAUCUGCUGAUGCUGAUGUAUCUGGGGAGCAUGCAUCCAACUUUGUUACUGAUGUCCUGAGAUCUACUUUUGAAGCUGUUGGCCACUUUCUGGGUAAAGAUGACUUGGGUUCAUUUGCUGAAGCAGGAAAUCCUGUGAUGGCACUAGCUGGAUUUUUGGCUUCUCUUGUGGAACGUGAUGAUGCUGUUACUUUAUGUUGUAGUUCCUUGAGAGCUAUAUCAGCAAUAUCUCCUGCUCUUCAAUUGGCAACUGGGCACUGUUUUAUUCUUCCGGAUCCACCGAAUAACCUCAAAGAUCUGACUUCCAAUUACAGCCCUUGCACAUGCGGUGAGUACCAAGGAGGCGCUGAUGGUACUCAAAAUGUUAAUGAUACUGAUAAAGAUAGCAGUAAAAGGGAAGAAAGUGCUUUAGCUCUGGAAAAGGAGGAUGCCUCACAGGAACAUCUGGAAUUAUCCAACACAGAGGAGUCAUUUGUUGAAGGUCCCAAAGCGGAGGUCAAAUCCAACAGCACAAAGGAUUCUGAUAAUCAAACUGCUAAGGUGGGGACUAGUGUUGCAUCCGAUAAGAUGAGAGAUGGGUGUAAUACCAUUCCUUGUUCUGCUACUUCAAAUAAUACAAAUGAACCUAGUUCCAUAACUUCCCAAGAAGCCAGUGCAGCAAGUACAAAUGCCACAACCAACCGUGAACGGUUAGAAGCGGACAAAUCAAGUUCUAAGGAAUUACCAGAUGAUGACUCACCUUCACAAGGGAAGGUAGAGCCAAAGGAGAUUGAACAUGCACCUAUGGCCUCAUCUAGCAUCCAACAACACGAGUCCAACCAAACUGGAAGUGGCAACACUGAAGAACCUAACAGCAACAAAAACAUUGCUGCUGCUGCUGCUGAUCCCGUAAUAAGGCUGCAGCGAGCUGCAGUUACUGCGAUUUCAGCAGCUGCAGUGAAGGCUAAGUUCCUCGUGGAGCAGGAGGAAGGUCAUAUUCGGCGACUAGCUGAACUUGUGAUCGAAAAGCAGUUUCAGAAGAUGGAAACUAAAAUGUCAUUUCUUGCUGAAGUUGAAAAUCUGGUCCUGCGGUCAAGAGAAUUGACAGAGAAAAUGCGGAAGAAGCUUAUGUUGGAGCGGAGUGCGAUAAUCGCUUCUCGAAUGUCUGCUGCGGCAUCCAGAACAAACCAGCAUCGGGCUCCUGAGACUAGACUGCCAGUAGCCCUGGUUCGGCAGCUGAGGCACCCUUGAAGCCUAGAUGCUGUGCUGAUCCACUGAUCCAACCUUUUAUCUUGAAGUAUAUAUAUGAUGUAGGGUGGCUUUUCUAGUUGUAUUAAUCCGCCUUCUAAAAAAUCCAGUGGUACGGCGUGUAGGUAGCUUUUGGGUCAAGCAUGGGUUUGGUUAUAAACCCCAUGCUCAGCUUGCUACCGUGUUAUGUUUAACUUGUAAGCUAGGAUUCGUGUAGGAAAAAAGAAAUAGAAAUGUAAUCUCAUUAGCACCAGUAACAUAUCAGAAGGGUCUAAUGUUUAUGCUUCAUCGCUU